GCUAGUCACACACUGUCCUUCAACGCUUUAAGACAAUCCACAGUAUUUAAAAUCAGUGAUGAUACGCAGCCAUUGCCAAGGCUCGACAUUCAUGAGGACGCUGGUUGUGAACUGACAGAGGUGCGGCAGAAUCGACUCAUUUCGUCGAGGGUCAAGACAACGAAUCUAAAAGGAUAAAAGCCCGUCAACGUAAUGCAAAGCACUUCCUCGGUUCAUUUGCAUACAAUUCAACUCCACGUUUCGAUAGUGAAAGUACAAGCGUGGUGGAGUCUUAUUGUUACAUUGACCCUGUAAUUCCAACGAGACCAAAAGUUACACACAUUGACAUUUGGGGUUUGCUCCAAUGGAGGGCUCUGAGACUGACUUGACUUCGUCUGAACCGGAUGCACUUGGGGCAGACUUCAUCACAGUGGAAUUGGAUACCCAACCCAUAGAAUAUGUUGUCAAGUGGGCCGAGGUCGGGUCCAAGUUCACAAUAUCCUGUGUGAAAAAGGAGGCGGACGAGGGGUCUGGCCUAAAUCUGGAGCAUGUGAAGGCAGAGCCAGACGAGCCCUUCUUUGCCCAGUAUGAAGAGGAGUUCACUGGCUGUGAGAUAGCAGAACAGAGUGUCGUAGUAAAGGCGGACGACUCGGAUGAGGAUGACCACACUGAGCCAGGGAGUAGCCAGCUGGUUCCUAUUGGAGAUGGCUCUGAUUCGGGCUCAGAGAAAUGGGAAUAUAUCUCACCAGGGGGAUACUACAGCUGCAACUACUGUGGGAAAUGCUACAGUCAUUCCUCAAGCCUAUCAAGACACCAACAAUUGCACACAGGAAAGGCACCCCCACUUCCAAACAAGCAAACAGAUACAGGCUCAGGUGAGGGGAACAAAUACAAAUGCACGCAGUGUGCAAUGCGAUUCAAAAGCAGACGAGCUCUCGGAACUCACCUGAGAACACAUCGGGGCAUGAGAGUUUACCCAUGCAACAUCUGUGGGAAGGAUUUUAACCACAGCUCCAGCUUGUCACGUCAUAGGCUCAUCCACAAAAAAGGGAAGGGUAUUCCCUCUGGUGUCAUACCUGCUGAAAUCAGUUAUGUCCGCCGCCCACCUGGCAGCAGGAAUAAGAAGAAGCAGGCUGAGAAGAAGAUCCCUGGCGAAAAGAAGAUCCCUGGCGAAAAGAAGAUCCCUAUCAGGAAGAACCUCUCUGGCGAGAAGUUCUAUGCGUGUACACAAUGUGAUAUGACCUUCAAGAACUCCAUUGGCCUCUCAAAACACCAGGUCUCUCAUGUCAAGGACCUACUUAAUAACUAUGCCCAUGGUAAAGACGGUCUUACCAAGUCCUCUGACUUGAAAAUACGCCUCAAGUUGUGCUCGAGGGACAAACCCAACUUCUACACCCUCUGUAAGAAGAACAAGCGAUCAAGAGCUGCCAAGCGCCAGCGCCAAGCAUCGGUCUCUGAGGAAGAGGAAGGACCAUAUGCAUGCGAGCAGUGUGACAAGCGCUUCAGCCAAGUGCAGAGCCUCGCCAGGCACCAGCAAAUGCACAAGGGAGACAACAAGUUCAGCUGCUCUUACUGUAAAAAGACCUUCACCAGGUUGUCCAACCUCCACCACCAUGAGAGAUCUCACUCCACAGGGGGGAAGUACGAAUGCACAACCUGCAGCAAGACAUUUGUGCACUCGUCCAGCUACUCCAGGCACAAGCGGCAGCACGCAGAGGAGGAGGCCCGCCAGCGGAAGGGCAUAGAUGAGAUGGAGCCACUUGAUUCAGACUCUGAGUGAGCGCAGUCGUGGUCUGCUCUUGACUGCCCACACACAGCUGUCAAAACUCUGGGUUUCAGGGGUUGCGAGUUUUGGGGGGGAUUUUGUUUGGGACUGGAAUUGGCUUUACUCUGAGUAUAUAAAGUGUGUAAUGACUUAUGUUUGUAUGGUAUCAGCAAAUUGGAUCUCGGGAUGGGGUUAGGAAUUUGGGUUCAUUUUGAGUGAGAUUCCUCACCCCCUUCCCCCUCACACACAUAAACAUUUUACCUAAAUUGCACUGACAAUGUUGUCCUCUGCUGCUCAUGCAAAACAUAUUUUGAUUUAUUUUGUUGAAAUUCCCUUUUGGCCAUGGUUAGUUAAAGGUUUAGGGUAAAAGUGUUGCUAGAGUCUCGCCAGCUGUGUAGUAUAUCAGCCAUGUCAAGAUAUCACCCUUACCACACACACACAUCAGAAAACUGCUAUAAAAUGCUUCUGAUAUCGAGUAUACCCCCUUUUCUGUAUGUAAUCUUUUUUUUUUUUUUUUUUAAAUCUCUGAUGUGACAAAGGGUCAAAAUGAAAACCUUGCCAUCAAACUAAAUCCGGAUUUGACCUCAGAGGAUUAAUCUGACGCCACAUACAGUCCCUGAUUCAAUCAAGCUUCUAUGGUUUAGCCUCCAAUUUGUAUCUGUUCCUUCAAGUAAUCUCUGAUGCUAAAAAAACAACAAUCAAAACGAUGAAGAACUUUGAGGAAAAAACAAAGGAAGCUUGAUUGAAUCCAGGCAUCGCUAAUUAUUAAUCCUUCAAUCAGAAAACAUGCUUUCUUUUCCCGUCCCCUACUCAACAUCACUCGAUUAACGAUCUUAAUGACACACAGUGGUGAAAUGAAAAGACAAUAUUUAUUUCUACAUGUUUGGGAUAAUUGAUUUGUAUCUUUUUUGUUGUUGUUGAAAACUGCUAGUGUUGAGUGAUCAACCAAGUUCUCAAUUAGUUUUAUUCUACUACACAGUGUUCAGAUGAAUGUUCAGAUUGUUGAUUUAAGGAUUUGCCCAAAUAUUAAGUCCAGUCAGAUCCUUAGAACUUGAAUAUGCUAUAUUUGAUAUUUGUCAACAUAUACUGCAAUUACCACAACGUAUACAACUGUGACUCCAUAUAUAUGUAUGCAUGAUGAAUAUAACAUGAGAAUAGUUUACAAUAUAUGUCGUUUUUACAUCUGCUGUUCCUGUGUGUGUAAAGCAUUGCUUUUGUGAAAGUGAGAAUAAUUGAGAUAUUUAAUAAUAUGUGCAGUGCAUUUUGACAAAAACAUUCAAAUAUUCCUGGGUUUAGGGAUUUAAUAUUUUGUUCAAGUAUUUGUUUAUUGAGGUUGUAGGGGAAACUGCACAACUUAUUUUUGAAUUGGGAACAAAGGUGCAAUUUAAAUGGUAGUGAAUGUGAUUCACGUCAAUGGCCAUCGCUGAAAACACCUUUUAGGUGGCAACACCUUCCGCAUUUGCCCCCAAAGUUCCACCUUUUCAGGUGUACCUUUUCAAAAUCGAUUACCAUUCACAGAAAUAUUAUCAAGUGCUGUCAACUACUUACUGUGUAUCUCCAUAAUGCUUGUAUACAUGCAUAGCCAGAUGGAUGUUCUUUUCCAGCUAAACUGUUCAAUAAUCUGUUGAAAGUACUUAACUAGUCACCUGUUCUAUGUUUUGCAUUUGCUUUAAGCACAACCAUGGUACUCUGAACAAUGAUCAACACUUGACUUUGUGAAUACCAUUUACUGUUUGAAUAGUUUUUUUAUUUGUGACUUCUAACCUCUAUUUCUUUGAGUGUUUGAAAAUGACACAUAGGGAAAGUGUAGUGGCAUGUAUCAAGCACAGACCCAGUCUAUUGCACCCACAAUGAUAAUUGAAGAUGGAACAAUUAUGAUAAAGGCUUGGUACUUUCCCUGUAUUUCUGUUUGUAAAUGUUUUUUUGUUUGUUUGUUUUUGAAGAGCUAGAUUCCCCUGUUUCCCUUAAACCUUAGUUGAGUCGGGUUAAAUAGUCUUGCAUUUUUUGUUUGUGGUUCUGGCCUUUUUCUCCAAUGGCAAAUGUUCUUCUCUUAUUUUUCAGCAAUCUCAGCUUUUUGAAUUCUGAAACUCAUAUUGUUUUCUUUUUCGCUGUCAUUAUUCCAUUUUUUGAUGCAGCGGACCUACAUCCUAUAGAGAGGUGUAUGUUUUUUGUAUUGUGUUUGCCAUUAGAAUACAGUUGACAUGUUUUGUCUUGCGUUUUGGUAAUAAACCUUUCAUGAAAAAAAUG